UGCAAUCAAUUGAUUGUUUACAUCACAACAUAAGUCAUAUGUUUUGAUAAACAUUGUGUUUAUGUUAGACUAUCGGAUGGAGUGAUCACAUGUGAUGACCAUAAAUAUGAUAUAUCAAGCAAUCGGUCAUUAAAGACAAUGACCACCAAUAAGAUGGUGAAGGAGGCGGACACAGUGUUUGUGGUAAUGACCGAUAAGUACCGCAUAUCCCGCAACACUCGGGCCAACUGGUACUUUGACCGCAUCCACACUCACGUGACUAUCAAUGACAGUCAAACACCACAAUCACUGAAUGAUUGCAAUAAUGAGAUCGACAUCGUGUCCAUUGUUGCGGCCAAUUAUCUCGACUCUAACCACUCGGACUCGGAGUCACAAUAUUUGGGACAAUAUUUUAUAUCGACGGCCACUAAAGUGACAUUUUUGUCGCGAAGAUAUUGCUUUGCUUAUGUCUUAGACUUGAGUCCAUCCAUGUCAUCGGUGGAUAUUCAAAGAAGUAGAAUAUUAAUGGCAGAUAUUUUUACAUCAAUGGCCACAAGUUUACGAGGACUCGUCCAACCCUUUUAUAUUCCCGGAUCUAAAUUGUUGUUCAAACCCGACCUCUUCAUCUCAAUCGUUGCUUACAUACCUUUUUACGACUGUGAUAGACAUCAGGUUUUAUCUCAAGGAUGGAAAGUAACGGUUGAAACUAUUGAAGAAUUUUUGUCAUACAUUUUGUCAAAAUUAUCUCAAUUGGUCGCUCAUAUUUCAGAAAUUAUGGCUAAAUAUCGCGAUUAUGAAGAUCAAUGUGAACCAGAAGUUAUGAUUGGAGCACUUUUUGAUGAAAAUGAUAACAAAUCGAAAUAUUCUGCAACAUUGUUGGCUACACCUGACAUAUCAAUGGUUAAUAUGUUAAGGUUUGGUUUAUUAGCACUACAAUUAUUACCUGACAAUAGCAGCACCGGAAUAGUUAUUGUUAGCGACGGAAUGUUUAGUUUACCGAAUGAGACUACAUUAGAGUCGGCUUUGACACAACUGAGACAUCACACCAUUUCGUGUUCAUUCAUCCAGACUUGUAGCUCAUCCUAUCCUUAUUCUUCACUCGGAUUUAUUCCAUACACCGAUCUCAUGAAGUUUAUAGCGACGGCAACAUUUGGCGCUUAUUUUACUUGUUGUCCGCAAUCAUUACCGACUCAUUCCGAUGUUAACAAUGAGGAGAUUUAUGAAUUUAAUUUAUAUCACCGUUCAUUUUUUGCUUGGAAUUUUCAAAGGGGUUUAUUUGGUUUUAAAGCAGACAUUAAUAGUAAAUCUGAUGAAAAUCUGACAGAAGUUUGGCAUUUUGAUAAUCCAUACUUUUAUUCAAUUCUUGAUUUUGGUCUCAAUUCAAAUCGACAGACUCGAGAUCAACAAAUUGUUCGCAACAAACAAAUUGAAAAUACAGUUUCAGCUCAGUUAACACAAGUUGUGUCUUCAAGACUUAGAGAGGGGUAUACUAUUAAAAGUGUUAAUUAUAAUCCAAGUGAUGACUUAAUGGAAGUGAGACUAUUGCUUCCGUGGAGACAUAACGUUAACAUUCUGUAUAACGUGAGCUCAACUUUUAAUCCAAAGUCAGUUUCCGAUAGUGAAGAGAUAGUACCUGAAUGUCAUUAUGAAGUGAUAGUUGAGGGCAGUUAUAAUUUUUUACACGAUGUUACCUGUGCUGCUCGUAAACCUAUUAAAAGUGCUUAUCGUUCGGCAACAAUCCGUCAAUUUUGGACAACUAUUAAAAAUUUGUCCGAUUCUGAUAAGCAUGAAAUAGAUUUGUAUAACUUUACCCGUAAUGCCUGGAGUCGAUCAAUACCCGAAAGCAUUAAGAACGGCGUUCCCUUAUUCUAUAUGCCUCCAAAUUCAAGUGAUGUUGUUGUUUCCUCAAAAAAUAUAGUCCACUCACAAUUUGCUCAAUAUUGGAAAUGGAUGCUUGAUAUGGAUGCCUGUGCUAAAUGGAUGCAUACGCACAGAAUUAAUAUAAUACUAGAGCACGACUUACCGCUACCUAAGCACUUGCAACUGCCAAACACAAGUGGCCGCUUUACAAACAUCCAGUGCCGACAAUCGCUUUCAUCGUUAAAUACUUUAUUAACAGAAAACAGUUCUUUUGUAUUGUUGGAGAAUCAGAGUUAUGUUAAAUUGAUUCAAAGCUCAUCCAAUGAUAAUCCGCAUUCAUUUUAUUUGAUACGAGUUAUAGCACAACCUCCCUGUGUUAUCAUUCAUUUGUCAUUUAUUGGCGGAACAAGUGGUCAUUUAAGAUGUGAAAUUCUUAAUGAACUCAAAGAGCUGAUCAAAUGCUGUAAAUUUCCUAAAAGACAUAUUUCUUCAUUUAAUACUCAAAAGUCCAAAAUGUCUCAAUUAAACGAUUUAAAUGAGAUGAAUGAGUACAACAAAAGUGAGAGAAAAUUUUCUUUUAGUUAUCAACAGAGACAUAGUAUUGACGACAAGUGUUGUGUUUUAAUAACAAAACCAAUCGAUAAGAUCCUUAUCCGAUACGAAAGAUUGCCUAAAAAUUUUAAUUACAUUCUCGAUAAAUAUUGGAUUUCAAAAAAUAAUAUCAAUUUGUCAAAUACAUCACACAAUCAAAGCCUAACAUCACUUAAUAUGUUUCAAAUUCUUAGCCGAUAUCUCGAUCAUCAGCGAUGGAUUUGGACACCAAUUAUGGCCUCAAAUACUAGACUUAGCUCAUCCUCUUUUGCAAAGAUAUUAAUUAUUUUAACCAAAAUACGUUUACAACAAGGCUUUCACUUCGCUCACAGUGACUCCGGGAUACUAAAUCUCAUUCAGGAAAUACCUAUCAAAGACCAAAAUAAUUGCCAAUUCUCAUGUCUCAUACAAUACAUUAUAUUUCCCACACAAACUACUAAUGAGUCUAAGGAUAGUUUAUCGGAUGAUGAGAAAUAUAUUGCAAGUGAAAGCAAUUCUGACGCCCAAUUGAUUACUGAGUGUUGGGUUGAACCGCAAAACGGAAUCACUUUCAACUGUAAUCAUAGAAACAAAUUUCUCGAUGGAUUAAACUAUAAGGAAAUCUUACAAUCGUUUUAUGCCAUCGAUUUAGAGACCAUAUCAUGUCUACUAACUUUUGAGCAAACGUUCAUAUUAUGUCAAAACAAUGGGAUUGAAUGGCAUAACGAUGAGAUGACAAUACAAAACAAUGAAUCACUGGAACGCCUGUCCAAUGAGACACCCGACACCCCAACCGGUAUUUGUUCUCCCAUUCAGUCGGUUGUAAAGUCGGAGAGAAUCAAAACUGUUAAGUGUUGUUAUGACAUAAUGUCAUUGCUGUCCAAAUCACAACAGGCAGUCGUUCUUUUGUCGACUCUUUUCCAAGAAUUGAGACCCAUUUGUGGUGAAGAUAAUGAUUCAGUCAAUUCUUCUGAUCUCUCGAACGAACAGUUUUUCGAUUUGUUUAUUUUGAAAAUCAAUUCAAUCCAUGACAUUGAGAUCAAACUGAAUCAAAAGGAUAGUCAUUCAUUUGUAUCGCAUAUUAAUCAAAGAAAUGAGUCCAAUGCCUAUCUUUACAAACAUUUGAUUCAUGAGUACAAAAAAGCUAAAUAUAAUGUUAAGUUUAGAUGUUUUGCUAAGAAAUUAAAUAACAAUAGUAUUCUCAUUACUAUAAUUCCGGCCACUUUUGGUGAUUUAAAACUAUUGAUAUUUGGCGACGAAAUGCCUCCAAAAGAAUCACUCAAUGUUUUUCAUGAGAUCAAUGACAGCACUAACAAUGAGGAAUCAUUUUAUGGAUCUUUAAGUUUAGCUAUUUUUAUAUACCGAACCUGUUUUAGUGAUUUAAGUGAACAAUUAGUUUAUAUGUCGAAUAAUGGCAAACAUUGCAAAGAUUUAUAUUUUGAUAACACUUAUAAAUCCCAGAAAAAUAAUAGUUCUCACUAUCCCUUCAAACUACUCAAAGGCAAUGACAAUGAAGUCGACAACAAAUCUAAAUCUAUUUUGUCGAUCAAACAGUUUUGUCGAAAUCUUCAAACUAUUUACUGGAAUUGUAUGACCGAAUCGCUUAACAAAUCUUUACAAUUUGGUUAUUUGGUCGACAAAAAAGAUUAUUUGAUUGAAGUUCCCGACACAUCCAGUGAUAAUGAAUCACAAAAACAGUUCACUGAAGCCGUUAAGAGAGCUGCUAUUGAUUGUCGUCGAGAACUUCUGUGGGCCUGUCUUUUGCCCCGAGAGAUAGCCGGCAAAGAUAUUGAAGAAUUGACAUUAAAUGAUUUCGAAGAACUUUUAAGUUUAGUCGACAAAAUCACUUUAAGACAAUACGAUCCAAAAUUAACUCCAUUUACGGAACACGAUAUCUCAUGGUUUCAAUCAUUGGCCAAAACAUUGGUUUAUAAAAAAAGACUUUUUCAUAAAUCGUUUACAUCCUCUGACUUAACAUCUAAUAAAUUAGUAUUUAGUCUUAAUUCAUGUUUGGAUUGCUUUAUAUUACUUGAUAUUAAUUUGAACGCAUCAGAAGCGGAGAUAUGUCUAGUAUUCAAAAAACAGAUGACUGAUGAAGAAAGACAAACAUUUAUUGACUCAAAUAUUGAAUGUCAUAAUUUGGUUGAAGAGUUUGUUAAUGCCUGUGCUUAUCAUAUGUGGUCAACAAUAACUUAACUAUAUUUUAAUAUCCUUUGCCUCAAAAAUAUUUUUUUUAAUGUAAUUAUUAAA